AAUUCAAUUUCACGAAACCAAGUAGAAAUUCUAUGCUCUUAGCUCAUUCAUUUUACUUUAACAUAAGAACCCCAACUUGGCGCCACGGCUGUUAUCACGGUUAUUAUUCAAUCCUACUUUCUUCCUUCGAAACAAUUCAUUCAGAUUUUUUUGUCUCCACACUUACGGAUCUGAUCUCACCCGAACCCGAAUCAUGGUGUCCGCAUCCGACGGCUUUCCAGUUCCAGAUCGGUGCGGACCCAUCGCCACCCGUUCCGCCUCCUUCAACGGUCUUUAUUCCUCCUCAUGCCCCCCUACCCCCCGGAGCCGCCAAUCGUCGCCAGUUCACUCGUCGAGGGUGGGCCCCAGUCACCCCUUCAGCUCCCGCAGAAGCAGAUCCCAAUUUCCAUGGUACCGACGGAAACGCCUCAAAGUAGUUAUGGCACUUGUUGCUUUGCUAGGUUCCUUAUUCCUUGUGAACUGGAUUAUGCUCGCAAGGCUUCAACAUGACGCACCAAAUCCUCCUGUUUCUAAAUCUGCUGCCAAGUUAUCCAUCCGUUCCUCUGUUUCCCUUUCAGUUUCGGUUCAGGGUAAAGGGAACAAGUCUGGAAAAGGGAAAAAACCACACAAGGGAUAUCAAAGGAUGCUGGCUUUGGCUGCCCAUGCCUUGGCAGAGGAUAAACGAGAACCAAAGGAUUUGUGGCAGGAACCUUUGGCUCCUGCAUCUACUUGGAGACCUUGUUCUGAUCUGCGUAAUUGGGAACCUAAUGAAGGAAAGAAUGGAUACAUUUUGGUUACUGCAAAUGGUGGGAACAAUCAACAGCGAGUUGCUGUUUGCAAUGCUGUUGUUGUGGCACGAUUACUAAAUUCAACUUUGGUCAUUCCCAAAUUUAUGUACAGUAGUGUAUGGAGAGAUGUGAGUCAAUUCAGCGAUAUCUAUCAGGAGGAGCAUUUUAUUAACUACUUGACUCCUGAUAUUCGGAUAGUGCAUGAACUUCCCAAGGAACUACAGUCUUUGGACUUGGAGGCAAUUGGUAGUGUUGUGACAGAUGUUGACAUGGUAAAGGAGGCAAAGCCUAGCUUUUACUUGAAAAACAUCCUACCUAUUAUACUUAAAAAUCAAGUUGUUCACUUUGUUGGAUUUGGGAAUCGCCUUGCAUUUGACCCAAUACCAUUUGAACUUCAGAGACUUCGUUGCAGAUGUAACUUUCAUGCGCUGCAAUUUGUUCCCAGAAUACAAGAAACUGGUGCUUUGCUUCUUAAAAGAUUACGCAAACAUGAAGGUCUUAUUGGACCAUUGGACCGUUAUCUUCUUGGUCCAUUUGCAGAAUCAGUUGAGGAAAAUGGAAAUAAUGUCAAGAAAGCAUCAAAAUACCUAGCUAUACAUCUCAGAUUUGAAAUUGACAUGGUUUCCCAUUCUUUAUGUGAAUUUGGGGGAGGUGAAGAAGAGAGGAAAGAAUUGGAUGCAUAUCGUGAAAUUCAUUUCCCUGCAUUGGCACAGUUGAAGAGGACUACAAAAUUGCCUUCUCCCUCAGAGCUCAGGGCCGAAGGCCUAUGUCCUUUGACACCGGAAGAAGCAGUCCUUAUGCUUGCUGGUCUUGGUUUCAACCGCAAGACACAUGUAUUUGUAGCUGGAUCUAAUUUAUAUGGAGGUCGCUCACGGUUGGUUGCUUUGACCAGCUUGUACCCUAAAUUAGUCACUAAGGAGAACUUGCUUUCUGCUGCCGAACUUGAACCCUUUGCAAAUUAUUCAUCUCAGUUAGCAGCACUGGACUUCAUAGGAUGCACUGCUUCUGAUGCAUUUGCCAUGACCGAUUCGGGUAGUCAGUUGUCAUCUUUGGUGUCCGGGUAUCGAAUAUAUUAUGGAGGAGGAAGAAUGCCAACAAUACGUCCUAAUAAGCGCAGGCUUGCUAGUAUAUUCAUGAAGAACUCUACCAUAGAAUGGCGAGUGUUUGAACAGAGAGUGAGGAAAGCAAUUAGACAAACUAAGCAUGUACAGACAAGGCCCAAGGCUAGAAGUGUUUACAGAUAUCCUAGGUGUAAAGAAUGUAUGUGCAGGACAGAUUGAUUCAUUUGUUUUAGCUUGGUUUUAAUUGCCCAUUGCAAUUUUAUACAUUCUUUUUCAUUUAUUCUACUAGUUAGUUAUUUUUCUUUACUAAUUUGGUUAGGCUGCUCCAUGUUAUAGCUACACUGUACCAUAACUUAGCAUGGAAUUGAUCUCUGACAAAUAGUAACCAUUGUCAUA